GCAGUCCUUGUCGAUUAGCCUGCAGAUCCCCGCUGGAGCCAGCACCAGCACCACCGACGAUGAAGCCCUUGUCGCGGAACAUCCAGAGAGAACUCGACGCCAAGGCCGUGGCCGACGGGGAGGAAGACGGCAAGCAGCACACCGAGAGAGGCGUCCGGCGGCCGUCCCGGCUGUUCUACGUCGGCCUCCUCUACACCGUCUUGUGGGCCCUGGUAUUCUUCCACCACUUCUCCACGAGCGUGCAAUCAGGUAAUAACGCGGCGGCGGCGUCGCCCACCGUGCUCCAGCUCAAGCCGUCGGCCUUCUUCUCGGCGUCCCGCAUCUUCCGCCGGGACCCAUGCGCCGGACGGUACGUGUACAUGUACGACCUGCCGCCGCGGUUCAACGCCGACCUCGUCCGCGACUGCCGCCGGAUCUCGGGCUCCCCCGACGUGUGCAAGGACGUGGCCAACGACGGGUUCGGCCCGCCCAUCAUGGGCGGAGGCGAGGGCGGGUCGCUGCCGGAGCGGGGCGCCUACGACACCGACCAGUACAUGCUGGGCAUCAUCUUCCACGCCCGGAUGCGGCACCACGAGUGCCUCGCGUCCGAGCCUGCCGCGGCCGCCGCGGUGUACGUCCCUUUCUACACCGGGCUCGACGCGGCGAUGCACCUGGACAACGCAGACCUCGCGGUGCGGGACGCCCUGUCGCGGGACCUGGUAGACUGGCUGGCACAGCGGCCCGAGUGGCACACCAUGGGCGGGCGCGACCACUUCCUGGUCUCCGGGCGGGGCACGUGGGACUUCCUCCGCCGCCCCGACGCCGACGGCUGGGGCAACGCGCUCAUGACCUACCCGGCCAUCCGCAACGCCACGUUCCUCACCACUGAGGCGAGUCCGUGGCACGGCCACGACUUCGCCGUGCCGUUUCCGUCGCACUUCCACCCUUCGUCAGACGCGGACGUCGCCGGUUGGCAGGUCCGCAUGCGCCGUGCGCAGCGCGGCCUGCUUUGGUGCUUCGCCGGCGGGCCCCGUGGCGGCGAUACGGGAACCGUGCGUGCCCAGAUCAUCGAGCAGUGCGGCCGGUCGAGCCGGUGCUCCCUGCUGGGCAAGUCGGCGGUGACGAAGCCGGGGCACUACGCACCAGGCCAUGCCAUGCGGCUACUCGAGAGCGCCCAGUUCUGCAUGCAGCCGCGUGGCGACGGGUACACGCGCAAGUCCACCUUCGACUCCAUGCUGGCCGGCUGCAUCCCGGUUUUCUUCCACCCGGUGUCCGCCUACCUACAGUACACCUGGCACCUGCCCAGGGACUACCGGAGCUACUCCGUGUUCAUCCCCGCCGGCGACGUCGGCCGGAACGGCAGCAUCGAGGAGGUGCUCAGUAAGAUACCGUCGGAGAAGGUGGCGCAAAUGCGGGAACAGGUCAUCAGGCUCAUACCCACCGUGAUGUACCGGGACCCGGCGGCUAAGGGGGUUACGUUCAAAGACGCGGUGGACGUGGCCCUUGAGCGUGUCAUCCACCGGGUGGCGCAGCGCCGGCGUUCCGCGGCCGAGGGACGGGAGCACGUGGACAGCGUCGACGGAGGUGAUAGCUGGAAGUACGACUUGCUAGAAGAUGGGCAGGAGAAGAUAGGUCCGCAUGAGUUUGAUCAAUAUCUGUACAUGCACCUAGCCGGAGAUUUAGUUGGGUAG